AUGUCCAAUACAAAAGUUCCGAAUUCUUCUAGCGCCUCGACGACACAGCAAAAGCCACAGAGAUUACCUGUAACUGUCGAGAAGCCCACACCAUAUACCUUUGAUCUUGGCCGGCUUAUGGCACUGGAUCCCAACCCGCUUAACCUUCCUCCCAAUUCUAUCUCCGACCCAGCUACCCUCAACGAAGCCCUCAAAUCCACAGCCCGAGAUGGCGCCCAAUGCCUCCUAAACCAACUGUUAACCGCCUGCCCCAUCACGUCAUCCGCCGAAGGCGUUUUCCUCUCCCUCCCCGCCCCCUCCACGCCACUCCCACGUUUCAAGCCGCUCCCGACCCCCAAACCGCCCACGAAAUGGGAGCUGUUCGCCCGCAAGAAGGGCAUUGGCAAAUACAACACCAAACUUGGCGCCAGCGAGACCGAGCGCCGGAAGAAACUGGUGUACGACGAGGAGAAGGGAGAGUGGGUGCCGAAAUGGGGCUACAAGGGGAAGAACAAGGCCGAAGACGACCAGUGGCUGGUGGAGGUGGACGAUAAGGUGUGGAAGAAGGAAGAGGAAAUGAACCAGAAGGGGGAGUCUAUUCGAAAUGAGGGCCGCAAGGAUAGGAUGGAGAGGAUUAGAAGAAAUGAAAGGAAAAUGAGAGCGAAUGUGCGGAGGGCCGGGGGUGGGAAGAGCAAGGCUUGA